AAAUAUUUCUGACCAGCACUCCGCUCUUGGCAUCUCAUCCCAGCCUCAUCAGCAGAAGUGUGACCAAGAGCAGUCAUGACGUCUUACAGCGACAAAGGAGAGAAGCCCGAGAGAGGCCGAUUCCUCCACUUCCACUCCGUGACCUUCUGGGUUGGCAAUGCCAAACAGGCUGCGUCGUACUACUGCAGCAAGAUAGGCUUCGAACCCCUAGCCUACAAGGGCCUGGAGACGGGGUCCCGGGAGGUGGUCAGCCACGUGGUCAAGCAAGAUAAGAUUGUGUUUGUCUUCUCCUCUGCCCUCAACCCCUGGAACAAAGAGAUGGGCGAUCACCUGGUGAAACACGGCGACGGAGUGAAGGACAUUGCGUUCGAGGUGGAAGACUGUGACUACAUAGUGCAGAAAGCCCGGGAACGGGGCGCCAUAAUCGUACGGGAGCCCUGGAUAGAGCAAGACAAGUUUGGGAAGGUGAAGUUUGCUGUGCUGCAGACGUUCGGGGACACCACACACACGCUGGUGGAGAAGAUGAACUACACCGGCUGCUUUCUGCCUGGAUUCGAGGCCCCAACCUUCACAGACCCUCUACUUUCCAAGCUGCCCAAAUGUGGUCUCGAGAUAAUUGAUCACAUUGUGGGGAACCAGCCUGAUCAGGAGAUGGAGUCUGCCUCUCAAUGGUACAUGAGGAACCUACAGUUCCACCGGUUCUGGUCUGUGGAUGACACGCAGAUACACACGGAGUACAGUGCUCUGAGGUCCGUUGUGAUGGCCAAUUAUGAGGAGUCCAUCAAGAUGCCCAUUAAUGAGCCAGCGCCGGGCAAGAAGAAGUCCCAGAUCCAGGAAUAUGUGGACUAUAACGGGGGCGCUGGGGUCCAGCACAUUGCUCUCAAGACGGAAGACAUCAUCACAGCGAUUCGCAGCUUGAGAGAGAGAGGUGUGGAGUUCUUGGCUGUUCCAUUCACCUACUACAAACAACUGCAGGAGAAGCUCAAGUCGGCCAAGAUCCGGGUAAAGGAGAGCAUCGAUGUCCUGGAGGAGCUGAAAAUCCUGGUGGACUACGACGAGAAAGGAUACCUCCUGCAGAUUUUCACCAAACCCAUGCAGGACCGACCGACAGUCUUCCUGGAAGUCAUUCAGCGCAACAACCACCAGGGUUUUGGAGCCGGCAACUUCAACUCACUAUUCAAGGCCUUCGAGGAGGAGCAAGAACUUCGGGGUAACCUCACGGACACAGACCCCAACGGGGUCGCGUUCCGCCUGUAGGCCCGGCUGAUCCCGCCUGACCCACCGAAGCCCCUCCCACCUGCGGCGUAUGGGGCCACGCCCCCUCGCCCUGGAGCACGCCCACUCCCCACCCCCAAGACUCCACCCACCUCCUACCCCUCCCCUCAGUUGGGCCGCUCCCUUUUCCACCCUUCGGAAUAAAGCUGACCCAGGUCCAAA